AUGAGAGAAUACCGGCAGAAUCUUGCGCUUCAAGUACAUCUCCAGAAGCUACGAGAAGAGAGUCCUCUCGCAUCAUAUCAGCCAUCCUCGCCCGAGACGACCCUGAUCUCCCGAUACGUUGGCGUGCUCGGACCAGAGCCCGCCGGUAGGCAGCCUUUUGAGGUCUUAGGGACCUGGAUACAGUCUAUUCCCUCGCGCAUCGGGUCGAACAAGAUGCUUGAUUUGGCCGUUCAGUUCUUCGUCGAUAGUCACGCUACGUAUCGAGAUGAUAUGCACUCGAAGCGCAAGGUCGCGAGAGCUUCAAAGGCUAAAGCGCUCAAGGAAUUGCAGCUCGCCGUGAUGAACACUGAUAACAAGGUCACGUACGACAUCCUGUUGGCUACGAAAUUACACUACGCUGCUGAGGCUCUUCUGGGGCUCGAUACUAUGUAUUACGCGAUUCAUGCGUUCGGAAUCGCCGAGCUGCUGAGGUCAGGUGCGGUGGCGGAAGUUGAUGACGAUCAUUUCUGGAAUUUGAUCGACAAUACCUAUGUCGACGAUGUUCACGAGGCGAUGAUGAUGGGUCGGAAGUCAGUAUACCACAACGACUUUUACCUGUCUGCUACAAUUCCACCUCCGAUCGAUACAAGAGAUGUCAUGCUGUCGCCAUCACAGAGAGCGUCGAUGGCCGUCAUGCACGUUUUCAUUCAGUGCCCUUACGCGGUAGCAUUGAUCCGAGAAGCCAUUUCGAACCCCGAGGACACGAUCGCGCUUGCAAUCGCCAUGUCAUAUUUGGAGGGUCUGAUGCAAAUCAACGUGUCGCAGCACGUAGCUGAGCUCAUUGAAACGACCGUGUCUGUGGUACCGAUUCCACCGUCACCGGACGUCGCCGACCUAAUGCCCGACACCCUCGAGUUCAAUUCGAUGGCUAUUGCCCCAUGGCACCGCAUGACGCGAGAUCUUACAUCCCAGCGCUCACCAUCUGCCUCGCCAGGCACCCCCUUGGACGUGGCUGCGGAGCUCACACGCGCCAAGCGCAUGCAAGCUUGGAUAGUCAGCGAAACCAACAAGAUACACAAGAACUGGAACGUCGCCACCGUCGACGAAGAAAUCCUUAUAGAAGCUCUAGAAGCUUUAUCUGGAGAGAAGAUGCCAGAUUGGCUUCCAACGCGCGUACGAUUCGUCCCCGAAGAAGGCGAAAUGGCCCUACACAUGGAAUUCGAGAACAGAACAGGGACCUACUCCACUGGCAGAAUCGAUCACAGGAAGGAACCUGUGUACGACUUCAGGGUGGUGGCCUCAGUCACACGAAACAUCACAUAA